AUUUUUAUGAUUUUUAUAGUGAGGAGAGAGCCACUUUGACAAUGAUCAGUGAAUCUUCAGAUCCACCACCAGAAUUACAACAAGACGUACAGGACGACUCACAACUUAACAGUAAUGGCGAAUCCUCAAACGACUUCGAAGUCGCUCAGUACACCCAACAAAAUGACUCCGAAGGCGAUCAAUACAUCGAACAGGAUGAAUCGGUUGAACAUGAAUAUAACGAGCAAAAUGAAUCGACUGACUUCAAUGAACAAAAUGACUCUAUAAGUCAAGAUAAUGGAGAAAAUGAAACCAUUUGUAACGAGUUCAGUGUUCAAAAUGAGGAUGGUUGCGAUGGGAGUGAGUUUAUUCAAGAUAACAGCUGUGAGGAUAACGUGUUUAAUGAGCAAAAUGACUGUAAUUGUGAGCAAGAAGACUGUAAUACUGAUCAGCAGAGUCCGAGUUCUUCGAUUGAAGGUGAAGGUCAAGUGGAGCAAUUAGAAGGUGGUAUGCCACCGCCAGACUUCGUGGACUCUGCGUGUCAGACUGACCGCGACACCGACACGCCGCUACAAGUGGCCGCAGCCGCCGCACCGAUCGAGUACUGCGAAGUUAACCCUAUGAACACCAUUGAGUUGGUGCCGGCCAUGGCACACCUUGAGGCACAAGCGAUUGUGGCAGAGCCACAGUACUUUGCGGGCGCUGAGGGCGAAAAUCUGAACGUGCAGCGAGUUGAAUGCGGUGACGGCUACGGCUAUUUCGUUAUACUAAAUUAAAUAACAAAUUAUUUACAUACACAGCGUGUAAUAGAAUUGCAUAGUCGCAUAUACUUCGGUACUACUUAUACUCGGUUUAGUAUACCUAAGUAAAAUAUAUUUGGAAUCCGAAUAAGUGGCGAAUAGAUGGCGCAACUAGAGCCAUCACCUUAACGUUUUGAAAGUGCCUGGAA